CCUUUGUCUUACCUCGAUCUCGCCAACACUGUCACCAACACAAGGUAGUAAUGAAAGGCUUCAAAGACUGGGUUUUCGCUCUAUCUAACUCAAUGGCAUCAUCUAGACCACUUUUGGGGAGUGACCCUUUUUUCCGUGACUCUCAAGAACAAGAUACCCACUCUCAAGCACCUGCUGCACCAGAACCAGUGACAGGCUUAGAAACACCAUGUUCAACCAGUGGUGAUGUAGAAAUUCAGCCUCCGCUCUCUCAGCAACAAGUUCCACUUGAAAGCUUGUACCAGUCAAGUAUUGAUCUUAACGGAAAGAAACAUAAUCCACUAGCAAAGAUUGGUGACCUCCAAGUGCAGUUCUUACGCCUUGUUCAAAGGUUUGGGCAGUCACAGAAUAAUAUUCUAGUCUCCAAGGUUUUAUAUCGGGUACACCUUGCAAUGCUGAUACGAGCUGAGGAAUCAGAACUUAAAUCUGUAAAACUUAGGCAAGAUAGGGCCAAAGCUUUAGCAAGGGAACAAGAAUCAUCUGGUAUACCGGAGCUUGAUUUCUCACUUAGAAUUCUUGUCCUGGGGAAAACAGGUGUCGGCAAGAGUGCUACCAUAAACUCUAUUUUUGGUCAGUCCAAAAGUGAAACUGAUGCUUUCCGACCGGGCACAGAUCGCAUAGAAGAGGUUAUGGGAACUGUCAGUGGAGUUAAAGUAACCUUUAUUGAUACUCCUGGUUUUCACCCACUGUCAUCUUCUAGCACAAGAAAAAACCGAAAGAUUCUCCUCUCUAUCAAGAGAUACGUUAAGAAGCGUCCACCUGAUGUGGUUCUUUACUUGGACCGCCUUGAUAUGAUCGACUUGCGAUACAGUGAUUUCUCCCUCCUGCAGCUUAUAACUGAAAUCUUGGGUGCAGCUAUAUGGUUAAACACGAUUCUUGUAAUGACGCAUUCCGCAGCUACUACAGAAGGACGUAAUGGACAAUCUGUGAACUACGAGUCAUAUGUGGGCCAGCGCAUGGAUGUGGUUCAGCAUUAUAUACAUCAGGCUGUGUCUGAUACAAAACUAGAAAACCCUGUGCUGUUAGUUGAGAAUCAUCCAAGCUGUAAAAAGAAUCUUGCUGGUGAGUAUGUUCUUCCAAAUGGGUUGGUAUGGAAGCCUCAGUUUAUGUUUUUGUGCGUUUGUACCAAAGUUCUUGGCGAUGUCCAAUCUUUACUGAGGUUUCGUGACAGCAUUGGCCUGGGACAGCCAAGUAGUACCCGAGCAGCUUCCCUUCCUCAUCUUCUUUCAGUAUUUUUGCGCCGUCGCUUAUCAACAGGUCCAGAUGAAGCAGAAAAAGAGAUAGACGAGCUUCUGAAUUUGGAUUUAGAGGAGGAAGAUGAGUAUGACCAGUUGCCUACAAUCCGUAUCCUUGGGAAAUCUCGGUUUGAGAAGCUGUCAAAGUCCCAGAAGAAAGAGUAUCUCGAUGAGCUUGAUUACAGGGAAACCCUUUAUCUGAAGAAACAAUUAAAGGAAGAAUGCCGAAGACGACGGGAUGAAAAGCUAAUUGAAGAGGAAAAUCUCAGUGACACUGAACAGAGCGACCAAGCAGCUGUUCCACUGCCUGACAUGGCAGGUCCAGACAGUUUUGAUUCGGAUUUUCCAGCUCACAGAUAUCGAUGUGUUGUGUCAGGUGACCAGUUGCUCGUAAGACCUGUCUAUGAUCCACAAGGUUGGGAUCGCGAUGUGGGAUUUGAUGGAAUAAAUAUUGAGUCGGCUGCAAAAAUAAAUAGGAAUCUAUUUGCUUCAGCUACAGGACAGGUGAGCAGCGACAAGCAACGUUUCACUAUCCAAUCCGAGACUAAUGCAGCUUAUACUAGAAACUCUAGAGAACAGACGUUCGCUGUAGCUGUUGACCUUCAAUCAUCAGGAGAAGAUCUGGUGUACUCGUUCCAGGGCGGCACUAAGCUCCAAACAUUUAAGCACAACACAACUGAUCUUGGAGUUGGUUUGACAUCUUUUGGUGGGAAAUACUAUGUGGGCGGAAAGCUUGAGGAUACCUUAUUGGUUGGGAAGAGGGUGAAGUUAACUGUGAAUGCAGGUCAGAUGAGGGGUUCAGGGAAAACAGCACACGGCGGGAGCUUUGAAGCUUGUUUCAGAGGGAGAGAUUACCCGGUUAGAAAUGAGCAAAUCGGUGUGACAAUGACGGCUCUGUCUUUCAACCGAGAGCUGGUCUUGAACUAUGGUUUACAGACUCAGCUUAGACCAGCCCGGGGCACGAACAUAGACGUCAACAUAAACAUGAACAAUAGGAAAAUGGGGAAGAUAAACGUGAAACUCAACAGCUCUGAGCAUUGGGAGAUUGCUUUGAUAUCAGCGUUAACGAUGUUCAAGGCUUUAGUACGGCGGAGGAAGAGUGAAAUGACAAAGGAAAAUGAAGAAGAAGAGUUGUGACUUUUCUGCGUUCCUGGUUUCUCUCGAAAAUUAGGUAAAGAAAAGAUAUUCUGGACACAUAUGAAUAGGUAACUGAUGUAAGAGAUAUUUGGAAGACAGAACAUGCACAUCUCCUUCAAUUGUUCUAUAUAUUAUACUCUUGUCUUGUUGAUAACUGAUGUGCAUGAGUCUCGUUGGUCUAGUGUGAAAUGUUUAUGUGGUCGUUAGAACAGAUUUUGGCUCUCAAAUAUGAUGCAAAAAUCAAAAUGUUAGUCAUUU